GAAGGUCAGCAGUGGCUGCGGGCGGCCGCGCGCGACCCCGCGCCCACUACACGCCCGGGGAUCGCCGACGCAUGCGCCUGGCGGCUUCGACGGAGCUAGACUUGCAGUUAGAGCCCGCUUCUCGGGCUCAGCCCUGGCGCGCACAUGCUGUGCCGGCUUGGCGGUAGGUGGCUGCGGCCCCUGCCUGUGCGGCAGCUCGGGGCGCAGGGCCCGCAGUUUGUGCUGGCCCCAACUGGCGCUUCCAAGCGUUCCGCUGUGCCAGUGUGGGCGGUGGCUUCAGUCUCUGCAGUUAGCACGGGCGGCACGGGCGGCUGGUAUGAAGCCCUGGCCACUUCGGCGGCCGUGCAGGGCGCGGAGGAGAUGCUGCUCCACGUGCACAGCGCCACGAGCCUGCCUUGGUGGAGCACCGUCCUCCUCACCACCGUGGCCCUGCGCAGCGCCGUCACGCUGCCCCUAGCGGCCUACCAGCACUACAUCCUGGCCAAGGUGGAAAAUUUGCAGCCAGAAAUAAAAAACAUAGCGAAGCAUCUUAACCAAGAAGUUGCAAUUCGUGCAAAUCAGCUGGGGUGGUCCAAAAGAGUUGCCAGGCUCACCUAUCUAAAGAAUAUGCGGAGGCUUGUUUCAGAGCUGUACGUUCGGGAUAACUGCCACCCUUUCAAAGCCACGGUGUUGGUCUGGAUUCAGAUUCCAAUGUGGAUCUUCAUGUCUGUUGCUCUCCGGAAUCUUAGCACAGGAGCCACACAUUCAGAAGCAGGUUUUUCUGUUCAGGAGCAGUUAGCUACUGGUGGGGUCCUGUGGUUUCCUGACCUCACUGCGCUGGACUCUACUUGGAUUCUGCCUAUCUCCGUUGGUAUCAUCAAUUUAUUAAUAGUAGAGAUUUUUGCUCUACAAAAGAUUGGAAUGUCUCGUUUCCAGAUGUAUGCUACGUACUUUGUUCGAGCAGUGUCAGUGUUGAUGAUUCCAGUUGCUGCGACAGUACCUUCAUCAAUUGUUCUCUACUGGUUAUGCUCCAGCUUCAUGGGCCUUUCACAGAACUUGCUGCUGCGUUCUCCUAGGUUUCGCCAACUUUGCCGAAUACCCUUGACCAAGGGAGACUCAGACACUCCUUAUAAGGAUCUUUUUGCUGCCUUUCACGCCAAGUUUAUUUCAAGAAAAUGACAUAUUUUUCAGCAACUUGAAACAAUUACAAAUGUCACUACCACUUUAAUAUACUUAGAAGACUUAUUCAGAUAUGACUUAAUUUGCCUUUAUUUAAAAUCAUGAACUCCAUGAAGUACUAGGGUUAAAAUAUAAUCCAGUUAUGUUUGACAAUACUUAAAAUUUUUUAAAUGCUAGAAAUGUAUUGAUAGUAUGUUUAAUUGUAUCCUAAGAAUGUAAAAGUGUCUGGCUCUGUUUAUGAAAUAACAAUUUGCUAGAGGAGGCUAGAACUUUGGAAAACAGGAAUAGAUAACUAAAUGAUACCAAGUUGUACUGAACAGUCCCACACAUUAAGAUUUUAUAAAACAAGAGAAUCCAGUGAGGGUAACUCUUAAAAUUUUGGAGGUGUAAACAAUUAAGAUAUCUUUGAAGAUCGGGUAAAACCAUGUUUUUCUUCAGAAAACUCCUAAGACUGACAUCGGGGGGCCGUCAUUGACCACUGCUCUGAAAUACCUCUGGUAACUCCUGGUUAAGAGAUUUCAUUCUAAUGGAACAUACAUUGACAAUGGGUUAAUGUGUGAUUUUUAAAAAAACAGACUUGAGAUACAUGGUAGUAGAGUAGUCCAUGCAUGCAAGAAAGCACCUAAUAGGGUAGUUGGUAUGGCCUCUCAACCAUGCUCUGAAGGAAUACCAACAGUGUACAUUCCUUUUCCUCUUACUCAAGAGGUCUGGAAUACAACAUAUGGAACUAAGUACUGCCAGAGACCAAAGUGGCAAAUCUAAACAUUAAGUUUGUUUAGUCAAAGGAAGAUAAACCAGAAGGGGGCUACCUAUUAUGGAGGUGAUUUUAUAAACUAGUUUAUUUGAAGGAUUAAGUACUCUAAUGGGUUAAAACUAUGGUACAUGUUUAAUAUAGGAAAAAUUGACAGGUAAUAUAAAUGGUGGACCCAGUUUAUGUGUUUAAUUCAGAAAGAUGAUAAAAUUAAUUCUGGUUGAGAUUUUUAGGAAUAAAUUGGACAGGCAUUUGAGAAGAUUAUAAAUUACAAAUUUUCACUGUGUUAGAGUAUGAACCUGAUUCUGAGAUGCCCUAUCAUUCCAUCUUAUGUUUU